AUGCAAAAGCCACUCUCAGAGGAAGAACGUGCGGCCAAGGAGGCCCGGCUAAAUGAACUCCGUGAACAAAUGAAUGCCCGGGGUGAAGUCUCAUCGUCUACACCAGCAGCACAUAAUGAGUCUAUCAAUACCUGCGAGAAUAAUGAUGAAGUGUCAUCCAGUGAAAAUGAAGACUGGGAAGAUGAAUUUAUGCGGGAGAUGGAGCGUGAGCAGGAGAAUGGUGGUCCUGCUGUCUGUAUGUACACUCAAGAAAUGGGAGAGCUUAUGGGUGAAACAGUGGAAACUGGUGCUAAUGCUAGACGAUGUACAGUCGGUGAUUUUGAGUUGCUUCGUUUGGCUAAAAUGGGUGAUCUCGUAUCUUUCACAGAGUUCGCAUCUCUUAUGGGUAUGGAUCCCGUUAAUUUCAGAGAUAAUCAUGAACGAAAUGCCCUACACUAUGCGGCAGACAGUGGUAGUCUUCCUAUGCUUAAGUAUCUUAUUGAAAAGAAAAUACCCUUUACGACAGAUGAAAAAAUGAUGACUCCAUUGGAUAUUGCGGCUUUAAAUAAACAUGAAGAAGCUGUAGAAUUGCUUCUGAAAGAAUUUCCUCAGGCAGCUCAAGUUAUGAAAAGUCAUGAGGAUGCCGUAGAGGCUUUUAUGCGACAACCACCAAAGUUUACAAUGUCCAAACCUGUUCCACCUCCACUACAGGAUUCCCGUCCACGUGCCUUUUGGAAAAGUGACAAGGAAGGUGCUAACACUUUAAAUACUAUGAAUGAAGUUAAGGUUUCUCAACUCCAUGAUGCUCAACAUGACUUGGUUGUGAGUACUUUGAAGGAUAUGAGUUUAACCCGUGAUUCUCAUGGGUUACAUAACUGGUUACCUCCCUCUGAACCAACAACACUGGCUGCAGUUCUUCCUCAAGCUACUAUUGUUGGAGCCAUGCGAACAUCCAACGAAGAGGAGGUUUUAACUGGAACAGUUUUGGCAGUCCCAUUGGGUGGGUCACUCAUAGGCAAGAAAGGUGCUGUUAAGAUUUCAAACCCAUUUCUGAUAACUCAGUUGGCAGUUCAUCCUUCAGUUCGUGGAGCCAAUAUUGCUGCAUUAAUGAUGAUUGAAUUGGAGAAGUUAAUAAAGAAUGCUGGUGGUUCUGCUGUUGUUUUUCGAAGUUCACUUCAGUUGCCUGUACAAGCGAUCGGUCUAGUGAAGUGGUCUCGUCGAGCCAUUGCGCCUUGCAGUGUCUUUAAACGUCGCUACGCUACAGAAGUUUUUCCUGAUUUUUUUCAAUACGAUGAUGUUCUUCGUGCUGAUGUUAUUACUAAAAAUGCCUUGACUAAGGUAUUUCACGCACAGAAGGCAACUCACAGUAAAGGAUGGUGUAUUGUGGACCGCUCUAACAGUGAUCAAGUUAAACUUGUAUAUGAAUUUAUGCAAUCUAACGUUCCCAAUAUGUUUGAAUUGGCCUAUUUGCCUUCUACAGAAGAAGAUGUUCUCGCAUCGGUAAUUACUGAUGGACUUUCCUCUUUUGUUUAUGUGUCACCCACUACUGGUGCUAUCACAGAUCUUGUUGUUUUGCGUGUCCGGGACUCAGUAGGUAAAAACGAUGACUCUAAGAGUCUUGCACAAUGUGUAUACGCUAUUUUUACUUCCUUUAAGGGUGCUGAGAAGGCAGAGGAAGUACUUGUCCUCGCUGAAUUGCUAAAGUGUGAGACUGUAUUAAUUCCGAAUAUGUUUGGUUUUGUAGACAGCGAUCUGAGUAAAGCCAUGUUUGAGGAGCUACUGCUUUGCCGCGAGUAUUUGUACGUGUUGAAAUCCAAAACAGAAUCCGUGAUGCCGCCAACACCCCUAUCAAAGGUUGCUAUUUCCUGUGCCUUUAUUUAG